AGAGAUGGGAAAAGAGGGUUUUGUAUUCAUAAAUUCACAUUCAGGCCAAAAGAACCAGCGUCCAGAUACAUUCCCCUUCGUCCUCAGUUCUCAAUUCUCAAUUCCAAAUUCCAGAUUAGGGUUAGGGCUUCCAAUGACCGUCUGCUCUACCCUUUCUUCACAAUCUCUAUUCCAUCAUCGCUUCUGUUUUCUCUGUUGUUGUUGUUGUGGUUCUUAGGGAUUAUUAGUUACUAAAUUUACGUAUCUCAUUGUUUUACUAUCUUCUUCGAUGGACCUGUCUCACUCCCAAUCCAACCUGUCCCUCGGAUUUUCAUCCUCUCACGCUUCGCCGCUUCGUCGUUCCGACCCGCCGGUGCCGCUGCAGCUGCUUGAACCGCCGCAGCCGCUGGAGAAUGGAAGUUUGGAUGUCGAAUCGGAUGAUGACGACGACGACAAAGAAGUGGAAGAGUUUCGAAUUCUGGGCCACUCAAUGUGCCUGAAGAGGCGAAGGGAUUGUGACUCAUCGUCCUCCUCCUCCACGAAGAGGGUUUCUGUGGAUCCCGAUCUCGACGCGCGGAAGGUUGCCGUGCGUGCGUGGGGAUGCCAACCGCUUUCAAUCGCGGACCCCGACAUCCACGAGAUAAUGGAAAAGGAGAAGAAGAGGCAAUUUCGUGGGAUUGAACUCAUAGCGUCGGAGAAUUUCGUUUGCAGGGCUGUGAUGGAGGCGUUGGGAAGCCACUUGACGAAUAAGUACUCUGAAGGAAUGCCCGGUGCGCGAUAUUACGGUGGUAAUCAGUACAUCGACGAAAUCGAAACUCUCUGUUGCGAACGUGCAUUGAACGCGUUCGGUCUCGACCCCAAGUGCUGGGGGGUGAACGUGCAGCCGUAUUCGUGCACCUCUGCGAAUUUCGCUGUUUACACGGGGCUGUUGUUACCCGGUGAUCGUAUCAUGGGGUUGGAUACCCCGUCUGGAGGGAAUACUAGUCACGGUUACUAUACUCCCAAUGGGAAGAAAGUUUCCGGGGCUUCUAUUUUCUUUGAGAGCUUGCCUUACAAGGUGAACCCUCAAACGGGUUAUAUUGAUUAUGAUAAGCUUGAGGAAAGGGCGCUUGAUUUUCGCCCCAAGAUACUUAUAUGUGGUGGGAGUUCUUAUCCCCGAGAGUGGGAUUACGCGAGGUUUAGACACAUUGCGGAUAAGUGUGGAGCUGUGUUGUUGUGUGACAUGGCACAAAUUAGUGGCAUAAUUGCGGCCAAGGAAUGUGUGAAUCCUUUUGAUUAUUGUGAUAUUGUUACUUCGACAACUCACAAGAGUCUUCGAGGUCCAAGGGGAGGUAUAAUAUUUUAUCGGAAAGGUUCAAAGCCGAGGAAGAGAGGGAUUCUUCUAAGUCAGGGUCAUGAAAGUGAUCAAUAUGACUUUGAAGAAAAGAUAAAUUUUGCUGUUUUUCCAUCAUUGCAAGGGGGCCCGCACAAUAACCACAUUGCUGCACUUGCUAUAGCUUUAAAACAAGUGGCUACUCCUGAGUAUAAGGCCUACAUGCAGCAGGUGAAGAAGAAUGCUCAAGCUUUAGCAUGUGCUUUACAGAGAAGGAAAUGCCGCUUAGUAACUGGGGGUACAGACAACCAUUUAAUACUUUGGGAUUUAAGGCCCCUGGGAUUGACAGGUAAAUUUUACGAGAAGGUCUGUGAAGCAUGUCAUAUUACAUUGAAUAAAAUUGCUAUAUUUGGGGACAAUGGAACUAUAAUUCCUGGAGGUGUUAGAGUUGGUACCCCUGCUAUGACGUCAAGAGGGUGUCUGGAACCAGAUUUUGAGACAAUGGCUGAUUUUCUCAUUAGAGCUGCACAUAUUGCAAGCAUACUGCAGAGGGAGCACGGGAAACUUCAGAAGACAGCAUUAAAGGGACUUGAGAGCAAUAGAGACGUUGUUGAGCUCCGAGCACGGGUCGAGGUGUUUGCAAUUCAGUUUGCUAUGCCGGGUUUUGACAUUUGAGCAUGAUGUGGCUUGUAAAUUGCCAUUGUUGAUUAUUUAUAUAUGCUACGAUUGUGGGUCGUCGAGCCUGCUUUUACAAAAGCACAGCUUGUGCAUAUAUUUUGUGGAGUUCCUCUCCUCUCUGCGUUGUAUGCAGUUGUAAGGUUUUGACAUGUUGCAGUGAGCUGCAAUCUGGUGCAAGACUGUACGUAAGGAACUGCAUACAUCUGUGGAGGUUUUGUUUGGUGAUCAAGUAUCUUGUUCCUACCUUGGAGGUGUCACCAUCCCAGCUGAAUGCAUGAAGUUAAAGCUAUUAUAGGUUUGGAACAGGGGUUCUUGAUCAACCAACCUGAGUACAGAGUUCUUCUGGUGAAUCUACAGAAAAUAAUUUCUCUGAUAGAGGUUAGACACCUUGAAUUCUUUUCGCUGCUGUUUGAUGCUUAAAGCAAUGUUAUUAAUCAUAUUUUUGGCCAUCUAUAGAUUCAUUCCCUCUUUUGAGAUCAUAUUUGUAUUUAUUUUCUUCAAUACCUUACCGUGUUAUUUGUUAAAAUACACAGGGUGACGUGGUAAAUAUUUCAUUGCUUUGUA